AUGUUGUGCAUCACUAGGUACCGAGAAGAAGCACGUGAGGAAGCAAGGACGGAGGCACUAGGACCUGAAGAGAAGAAGGAGGAAGGAGACAUGAAGAAGGAGGACGCGGAGGCCCUGGACUCUCCGCGUGCCCGGGCGCUUUGGCCCCGGAGGCCCGGUCCCUCCCUGGCGCAGCUCCCAGCCGGCCCCGGGUGCCCGGCCUCGCAUGGCCCAGCCACGGCCCAGGCCACCCCCGGGUGCCCGGCCUUGAGGCCCCGGGUGCCCGGCCCCCUCCCGCUGGUGCUGCUGCCACCUGCCCGGGUGCCCGGGCCAUCACCCCCAGGUGCCCGGCCGAAUGGCCCCGGGUGCCCGGCCCCUCCCGCGCCAGCCACCAGCGCCUCCCGGGUGCCCGGGCUUUGGACCCCCGGGUGCCCGGCCUCGACCGCCCAGGCCCCUGCGUCUACCCUGGGUGCCCAGGCCUAG